AUGGGACGGAUACUGCGGCAUACUAAUCCAGAGCUCGAAUUCGAUAUUGACAGCCUCCGUUCUAAAGCCGAAUCUUUGACGGAGGCAGAAGCUCCUAGUCACGGAUCUGCUGAACGCACCCAUUCUGAUAUGGAAGGUGAUCUCAACAUCGAAGAUGAAAACUGCACUAUCAACGCAGUAGAUGACACCAUUGCACAUUACUCGGGCGAAUUCUCUUAUUGGAAUUUUUCUAUGCGAAUCAAACAACACGUGAAAGACUGGAUGAUGUCGUCGCAUACUACUGGCUCCAAUGAUCCCAAUCACGUGCCGGAAUACUGGCGUGUCGAGGAGCUCCAUGCAAAUUCCAGCGAAAUCACUGAAGCCCGUGCAAGUUUUCCCCCUCGCCAGGUCGCAGGAUUCCUGAUGCAUGUCUUCUUCAAGCAUGCGGCUAUCAAUUACUUUUACGUUGAACGCCUUUGGCUAACGGAAAGGCUGGACCAUGUCUAUGAGAACCCUCUGGAACUUACCGCCAAGGACGCUGGUGGUCUCGCGAUAAUGCUCAACAUGUUCGCCGUAGGAACUCAAUACGUACAUCUUGAGUCGAUUGUUAACACCAAUGAAGACUCCAGUCCAAAUACUGGAUGGGAAAAUGAGAUUGGUACCAUGUUCUACCGCCAGGCAACGAAGCUGCUGCCCGAGGUAAUACAUCUUGCAUCACUAGAGAGUGUGCAGGCCUGUUUGCUCUUCGGCCUCUAUGCACUGCCAAUUGAUGCUUCCGGAUUAGCCUACAUCUACCUGAAUAUAGCCGUCAAACUAGCAAUUCAAAACGGCAUGCAUCGGCGCCUGCCGAGUUACACUUUUUCUCCGAGUACGAUCGAAACCCGUAACCGAGUCUGGUGGACUGCGUACUGUACUGAAAGGCAAGACUACCGCCUUACUUUGAUCGGAAUUUUCCAUGGCCGGCCGACAUCAAUUCUAGCCUCAAGCAUCGACACCGAUUUGCCUUCUGAUCAAAUUAGCCUCCACAGCCAGGAAAACCACCCCGAUGCGCCAAACCUCUUAGUGUCAAUCAAAUUGACCAAAUACCUUGAAGGCUUUAUGAAUGAACUUUUACUGCUCCGCAAGUGCCAGAAAUCCGACCUAGCCGGCAUACUAUCUCGUGUGCUAGAAUUGAAAGGCGAGAUGAAGAAGUGGUGGGAUGGUUUAUCGCUGGGAUCAGCUACCCGUCCAUCACUGCACCUGCGGCUCGAGUAUUGCCUUGUCCGAAUGUUUGUCGGUCGACCAUUUCUUUUCAGCCGCGCAGGGGCAGGUACUACACCUAGCGCAACUUCUGAUGGUGGCAUCGGACCGCCACAACCUAGUAAUACCCCAGGUAAUAAGUCCAGUUCUGGAAACAACGCUCGUCCUUCGCGAAAGUCGUCCUUGGUGGACGACUGCGUCCAAGGAGCUCUCGAAGUCAUUGAAAUUGGUCGUUCCCUCCGUGAGAGCGGCAUAGGAGUUGCCAAGUCGUCGUAUAUUGAAUACAGUUCUUGCAGAGCCUCUUUGCUGGUGCUCAUCGCUUAUUGCAUUCAAAACCAAACAGACGAGCAUUAUCACUCUUUGGAAGAAGGCCUGGAAAUCAUUCGCCAAAUGUCGGCAACCGGUGACUCUGCGAGGUAUGAGGUCCUCCUGAUCGAGACCUUGGAACACGCCAUCAAGCGCUUGCAUUUUUUCGGUGCUGAGAUACACACACAAGAUGCCGUCGGUGAACGACCUCCUACAGGGUACGAUAGCUUCAAACAAUGGAGCUCGACCUGGAAGACCAAUAUUGCGACUGGGAGCCAGGGUCAUGCUGUACAGGCAAGGCCAUCAAACCUUGACAGACAUGUGGAAUCGUCAGAGAUCAACUUGCACAUAGACGAGGGACAGCCGGACUGGCGGGGACGGUCAAUGAGUGGCACUGCCGGGACGGGUGCAGUAUUGGAAUUUCUUGACGCCGACCCCACAGGGUUGGGGCACUUACAGUCGGCCGCCGGCUCUGCCUUCUUCGGUCUCGAAAGUAUCAACCCUACAUCAGAUGUAUACGCGCACCCCGAAAGACAACUCAUGGAGAGUUUCCUAGCUGUGCCCGACUAUCAAUUUCCCUUCUCGAACGGAUUCAAUGAUGGCGGUCAGCAAUUUGGCUAG